UCCCACUGUAAGGUGCAAGCCAAGGAUAAAGGAAGGGGUCUUCGCAGCCCUCCGCAAACAUCUCUCUUCCCCGCCGAGAGCCCCCAUGGAGCAGAUCAGCUCCUUUUUCCACUCCAUUGGGACUUUCAUCCGCUCCAAGCAUCAGGAAGGCGUCUACAACACUGUCUGCCUGGCGGUCCUGAUUUGCCUGCCCGUCCUGGUCCUUCUCAUCAGUCUCGUCAUCUGUUGCCACUGUUGCUGCUGCAGUCAGCGGCGGCAAAAGGACAACGGCGGCGGCAGCAGCGGUUCUUCCCAUGGGAAGAAAAGAAGGAAGAAGAAAGAAGAAGAUCUGUGGAUUUCAGCCCAGCCCAAGCUGCUCCUGCUGGAAAAGAGGCCAUCUCUGCUGGUCUAGAGCGGAGGGAGGUCCCCAAGAGCUGGACUCCUUCCUUCAGUUCGUGAGACUUUGGGUUCACACCCUGCAACCCCAAGA